AUGCAACUCUACUUCUUGAUAUUACUCUGGGCUUCGAGCAGUAUAGACUUGACGGAGGCAAAGCCAGUGAGCGGAGGUGCUCAUCGCAUUGCAGGUAAAAGUCAACAAGGACCAGCAGCCAAAGUCCAGGCUGGCAUCUGGCGGAGACAAGACACAGAUUCGACUGAAACACCAACACCGUCAAACUCGUCCGUAGUAGAUGCCGUCAAAGCUGUCGCGAGUGCCGUUCCUUCUACAUCUGUAGUCAACUCACAAUUCGCCGCCGAUGUGUGUGGCUCACCACGAAAUGGGCAAGUCGCCUCCGUGACCCGGACUAAAGAUACAUGGAACAAGUAUGAUAUGAGCAAUUACGUUCUUAACACCGUCAACAAAUACCAAUCCAGCAACUGGAACGGCGCCACGGACAUUCAAACCGUCUUCCUAACAGAAGCUGGCAACGAAGGCGUCGGCAAAUGCGACGAGAUCACCAAUCCUCGCUGCACCGAAACAGGCGCUGACUACGGCCUCUGCACCCAGCACCCCGACGCACACUUCGCCUGGUUCGCCAUCAUAAAUUUCGCGAACUACCUGAACAAGAUCCACGAAACGCUGCAGAACAACCUCGGGCUUCUCACCGCCCUGGCUUCCGACACCGUCAAGCAAUUCUACACCACACGUGCCAAUCCGCAGAAGUUGAUCGUGCCAUUUUCUAUUACCGGAGGGAUCUUUGCAAUCUUGUCGCUGAUAUUCCCGCCAGCGGGCUUGAUUGCGGGCGGGGCGUCCAUCAUCAAUGGAGUUAUCACUCAGGCGGCGCUGGAUAGGCCGGAUCCGUUGGAUCAGUGGCAGGCUGUGCUGAGCGUGAUUGGGAAUCUGUUCAAGCAGGUUGAGACGGUGCUGGAGACGUAUUUCAAUAACAAUCUGCAUAAGUUGCCGCCGGACGGGCUGCCGCAGGUCCUUGCGACUGGGGAUUUUGCAGACACGCCGCAAGUGGGCGCGUUCAAUCAGGGUGUUGAAGCCGCCUUUGCGACGGUGUCGAUUAAUGCGCUGUGGCUCUUGGAUAAGGUCCUCAUAAUCAAAGUUUCCGAUGCAGCCUACAGCCAAGGCGCCGGCGCCGCCUGCGCGGCCUACCCAACACAAAGCGUUUGCGUCAACGGGGUCGCCAACAUCUUCGUGCGGUGGCAGUUGACGCCCGGCAUCAAUACCGUUGGCACCGCCAACGCAAACAGUCCAGGCGGCGGCGCACAACGUCCCUCUAUCUCCCCGGCCUACGAGCGCGGUCCCUCAUUCGAUGAAAGCGCUUGGAACGUCUUCGGCGCGUACGCUUUGGGGACAGCCGGCGAUGGAACAGCAAACGCCAACCACCUUACCGACUACGGCCUCGACCUCGGCAAGAUCCUCACCUCGGCAGAAGACACGCAAGCAAAACACGGGUUCCUCUACAAAGACCAAAAUAAAGACACGCUCGACACCCUGCGCAACAAUCCCACCGAUCUCUCCCCAGAAAGCUUGACGGCGUGGAACCUGCCUAUUUGUGACAUCGAUGCUGCGUUGAAGGCUAAGGGGAAAAGUAUGUUGAAGAAGCCGCCGACGCCGCAGAAUGAUGGAGUUCCUGAGGGCCAGACAAACCCGGUUGCGACGUGGGCGGUAGGGGUUUGUAGUACCAUUGAUGGAUGGCCGACGAGUGAGUAUAAUUGGGAUACGGGCACGGAGACGGGGAGGUGGAGUGAAGGGAUUUUGGAUCGGUGGGCUUGGCAGUAG